GCGUAACACAAGUUGGCGUAGACUGUAGAGGACCGUAAGAUUCCACUUCGGCCUCACUUUCACUAUCAACACUUCCCCCUUCUUCUUCUCUUUAUUUUUUUCCCGAGUUGAAGAUUUGGGGGAGAACUGAGAUUCAACACCAUGUCAAAGGCUCGAGUUUACACAGACAUUAAUGUUCUCCGACCUAAAGAAUACUGGGAUUACGAAUCUCUUGCUGUCCAAUGGGGUGAUCAAGAUGACUAUGAAGUUGUUCGAAAAGUAGGAAGGGGAAAAUAUAGUGAGGUUUUUGAAGGUAUAAAUGCUACUAGCAAUGAGAAGUGUAUCAUCAAGAUCCUCAAGCCUGUCAAGAAAAAGAAGAUAAAGAGGGAGAUAAAAAUACUUCAGAAUCUCUGUGGAGGCACUAAUAUCGUGAAGCUGCUUGACAUUGUCAGGGACCAGCACUCAAAAACUCCUAGCCUGAUAUUUGAAUAUGUGAACAGCACAGAUUUCAAAAUUUUGUACCCCACACUAACGGAUUAUGACAUUCGCUACUACAUAUAUGAGCUUCUCAAGGCUUUAGAUUACUGUCACUCACAAGGAAUUAUGCAUAGGGAUGUCAAACCACACAACGUUAUGAUAGAUCAUGAGCUGCGGAAACUUCGUUUGAUAGACUGGGGUCUUGCUGAGUUUUACCAUCCUGGCAAGGAAUACAAUGUUCGUGUGGCAUCAAGAUACUUUAAAGGCCCCGAACUCCUUGUUGAUUUGCAAGACUAUGACUAUUCUUUGGACUUGUGGAGCCUCGGGUGUAUGUUUGCAGGAAUGAUAUUUCGCAAGGAGCCAUUCUUUUACGGUCAUGACAACCAUGACCAACUUGUCAAAAUUGCCAGGGUACUCGGAACAGACGAGUUAAAUGCAUAUUUAAACAAAUAUCGCUUGGAACUUGAUCCCCAGCUUGAUGCUCUUGUAGGAAGGCACAGCAGGAAACCAUGGUCUAAAUUUAUCAAUGCAGAUAAUCAGCAUCUAGUAUCUCCAGAGGCCCUCGACUUUCUUGACAAACUUCUUCGCUAUGAUCACCAGGACAGGCUUACAGCAAAAGAAGCUAUGGCCCAUCCAUACUUCUUUCAAGUGAGAGCUGCUGAGAAUAGUAGAAUGCGGCCACAGUAACGCAAAAAGCUUGUGGCCCAGGGUGGGUUUCUCUGUUCAAUCAAACUAUGUGCAACAACGAACCAUUUUAAGAUGUUCUUGCACAUAUUCCUCCUACUCAAGAGCACCUCACAUGUUCUCAAUCUUAUACAUGAUGUUCAUCUCCAGUCAGUGGAUUUAAUUCUGGCUUGAGAAUUUGUGAUUUACACUAGUAGUCACCAUUACUAGUCCGUUCAGAUUAAAAAGAACUAGAAUUAGUCAUGUAGUAAACCUUUAAUGCAGAUUGAGUUUGGUACCAAGGAAGAAACAUGUUUUUGAUUGGUCUUGGUUUUUCAGCUAUAAUUACAUUUAAACUUUGUAACUUAAUGAUCAUUUUUAAUGUUCAUGAUAUUGAGAUAUCAAUUGAGGUUAAGUGUAACAA